UACUAGAUCACUCUCGGUUAGGGUUUCGAAGUUUCAGUCUCUCUCACUUCCUUCUUCUUUCCUCAUUCACAAAAUCGUGAAAAGAGAAACUUCGCCUACUCGCCGCAACGUCGCCGGAACCAACUUACUUUUGCUCACCGUCUCCCCGGAGUUUCGACAAUCUCAGUCUUGUGAUUGGUUUCGUUCUUACCUCAAGUGUUUAAUUGAUCAACAGAGAGAAGAAGAAGAAGAAGAAGAAGAAGAAGAAGGAAAUAGAAUGAAUCAGAACGCUAAUGUACCGGUAGAAGUGAUUGGUGAUGAGGAGGUGGCCAUGCUGCACGAAGGAAUCGGUUUGAUACUUUCGCGGUGGACUGCUAUGAGAGCUGCCGUCGAAAACGGUUGGGGCGGCAAAAAUUCUCAGGCGAAAGCUGAGAACACCAUCUCCCAAAUUUUCGAUCAUUUCACCCUAUCAAAAGAUCCAAUGGACUAUGACCGGUUAGUUGAUAUUCUAGAGAAUGGUCUUAAUGAGCUUAAUACUGAGGCUGAUGAUGGAAGCCCCGAAGAGGUGACAGAGUCACUACUGGAUUUGUACCAAGAAUGCUGUGUCGGUAACUUCCAAAUGGUUGAGAAACUAAGGGCUACUAAAGUUAAGGCGAAAGCAAGUGUUGUCAAGGUUGCAAAUGGUAAUGAUGAGGAUGAUGAGGAAAGCGAUGAUGAUGAGGAUACAAGCAUGAAUGAUGAUCAAACCACAGACAUGAUGGUGGAUGCAUCUGAAAACAGCUCAAACCGUAAACCAGAAGCCAUGCCCGUUGAUGAACCAGUAGCCGAUGAUGGCUGGACCGUAGUUCCAUCUAGAAAAAACAAGGGAAAGAAGAAUUAACCGGUCUAGGGUUCCCAAGGUGUUGUGUAAUUUGAACAGUUUUGGUUGUUUAAUUUAUACAAUAUAUAGAUAGCACUCUAUAAAUUGUCACUUUCUAAACAAAUUCCGAAGAUUUUGUUAAUGGUUUUUGCACUAGGAAAUUCUCCAUUCU